AUGUUUACUCGUGAAUGGUGGGCCAAGCGCCGGCUCAAGGUGCAAGACGACAAGACGACCAAAGCUGCCGAGUUGACAUUGCGGCAGUCCAUAUUUCCCAUCUUCCUCGUCACCAUCCUCUUUUUCCUCUGGGGCUUUUCAUAUGGUCUUCUUGACACCCUGAACAAGCACUUUCAGGAAGUUCUUGAGAUUACAAGGGCGAGAUCUGCAGGUCUACAGGCUGCUUACUUUGGUGCCUACCCUCUUGCAUCGCUUGGCCACGCAGCAUGGAUUCUUCGCCACUACAGCUACAAGGCCGUCUUCAUCUGGGGUCUUUUCCUCUACGGAGUCGGAGCCCUGCUAUGUAUCCCCGCCAUUCUGGGCCGGUCCUUUGCCGGCUUCUGCAUGGGCAUCUUUAUCAUCGGUAACGGCCUCGGCUCGCUCGAGACGGCGGCAAACCCUUUCAUCACUGUCUGCGGCCCGCCCCGCUACUCAGAGAUGCGCAUCAACCUGUCCCAGGCCUUCAACGGAAUCGGGACCGUUAUCGCCCCCAUCAUGGGCUCAUACGUCUUCUUCCGCGCCCUCGACGACGAGUCUGCCCUGCGCAACGUCCAAUGGGUCUAUCUCGCCAUCGCCUGCUUCGUCUUCUUUCUUGCCGUCAUCUUCCUCCUCAGCGACAUCCCCGAGAUCACCGACGCCGACAUGGCUCGUCAGGCAGAGGAGACCCACGCAGGUGAAAGCGAUCAGCCGUUCAGGAAGCAGUACCGCCUCUUCCACGCUGCCUUUGCCCAGUUCUGCUACACCGGCGCCCAGGUCGCCGUCGCAUCCUUCUUCAUCAACUAUGCGGUCGAGACCCGUCCUGGCACCGACUCAGCCGUAGGCGCUCAGCUCUUCGCAGGUGGUCAGGCCGCUUUCACCGUAGGGCGCUUUUCUGGAGUUCUCUUUAUGCACUUCUUCAAGCCACGCCUUGUCUUUGGCGCCUACCUCGCCUCAGUCUGCAUCUUCCUGAUACCGGCCAUCCUCGUGCGCGGUAACGCUGCCGUUGUCAUGCUUUUCAUCGUCCUCUUUUUCGAAUCCAUUUGCUUCCCCACCAUCGUCGCCCUGGGAAUGCGUGGACUGGGCCGCCAUUCAAAGCGCGGUUCCGGACUGAUAGUCGGUGGUGUGCUCGGUGGCGCUGUUGUCCCACCCCUGACUGGUGCUGUGGCUGACAUGCACAGCACCCCGACCGGCAUGGUGGUGCCGUUGGCUUUUAUGCUAGCCGCCAUUACGUACGCUGUUGCCGUCAACUUCCACCCCUGGUACCGUGACACGGCCGAUGCCUUCACUGCUGCGGAGAUCGGCAUCAAGCCAAGCACCGAGGGCGACGAGGCGCUCGAGAAGGGCGUGAUUCAUGAUCACGAGGAGAAGCGCACGGAGGAGAAGAGGGUCGAGGCCGCUAUGGCCAACCCCUUGUGA